CGGUGAGGGUUGUUUCUGUUGGACUCUUCAUUAGUGUCCACUGUUGGCCUAGCUGUGGGCUGGGUGCCCACAAGGAGAGGCCACCCCCUCCACCCAGGCUCGUUCCUGUGGGUGUUCCGAGACCUGGGACAGGCUGGAUGAGGCCCAGUUUGGAGGUGGGGAAGAUCUGACCAUGAGCUACCCAGGGUACCCCCCUCCUGGUGGUGGCUACCCGCCAGCUGCACCAGGUGGCGGUGCCUGGGGAGGUGCUGCCUACCCUCCGCCCGGUGGGGCCCCCAUUGGGCUGGAUAACGUGGCCAACUACGCAGGGCAGUUCAACCAGGACUACCUCUCAGGAAUGGCGGCCAACAUGUCAGGGACGUUUGGAGGAGCCAACCUGUAUCCCGGAGCCCCCGGGGGAGGCUACCCUCCUGUGCCCUCUGGUGGCUUCGGGCAGCCCCCUCCUUCCCAGCAGCCUGUUCCUCCGUAUGGAAUGUACCCGCCCCCUGGAGGAAACCCGCCCUCUGGGAUGCCUUCCUAUCCGCCCUACCCAGGGGCACCCAUGCCACCCCCUGGGCAGCCACCAAUGACCUACCCUGGGCAGCAGCCAGUGCCACUCCCGGGACAGCAGCCGACGCCAAGCUACCCGGGAUACUCAGGGUCUGGGACCGUCACCCCUGCUGUGCCCCCAACCCAGUUUGGAAACCGAGGCACAAUCACAGAUGCUUCUGGCUUUGACCCCUUGCGAGAUGCCGAGGUCCUGCGGAAGGCCAUGAAGGGCUUUGGCACCAAUGAGCAGGCCAUCAUCGACUGCCUGGGGAGUCGCUCCAACAAGCAGCGGCAGCAGAUCAGCCUGUCCUUCAAGACGGCCUACGGCAAGGAUUUGAUCAAAGACCUGAAAUCUGAGCUGUCGGGAAACUUUGAGAAGGCCAUCUUGGCUCUGAUGAAGACCCCAAUCCUGUUUGAUGCAUAUGAGAUAAAGGAGGCCAUCAAGGGGGCUGGUACGGAUGAACCCUGUCUGAUCGAGAUCCUGGCUUCCCGCAGCAACGCGCACAUCCAGGAGCUGAACCGCGUCUACAAAGCAGAAUUCAAAAAGACGCUGGAGGAGGCCAUUCGCAGUGACACAUCUGGGCACUUCCAACGGCUCCUCAUCUCCCUCUCUCAGGGAAACCGAGAUGAAAGCACAAAUGUGGACACGUCCCUCGUCCAGAGAGACGUCCAGGAGCUGUAUGCGGCUGGGGAGAAUCGCCUGGGAACAGAUGAGUCCAAGUUCAACUCCAUUCUGUGCUCUCGCAGCCGGGCCCACCUGGUGGCAGUGUUUAACGAGUAUCAGAGGAUGACGGGCCGGGACAUCGAGCAGAGCAUCUGCCGGGAGAUGUCGGGGGACCUGGAGCAUGGCAUGCUGGCCGUCGUGAAAUGUCUCAAGAACACCCCUGCCUUCUUCGCUGAGAGGCUCAACAAGGCCGUGCGGGGAGCAGGAACCAAGGACCGGACACUGAUUCGAAUCAUGGUGUCCCGCAGCGAGGUUGACCUCCUGGACAUCAGAACGGAGUACAAACGGAUGUAUGGCAAGUCGCUGUACCAUGACAUCACGGGAGACACUUCUGGGGACUACAGGAAGAUCCUGCUGAAGAUCUGUGGUGGCAAUGACUGAGCAGUGACUGGUGGCUCGCUUCUGCCCCCUGCUGGCAAGGCAAUGCCAGGAUGAGGCCAAAUGAUUGUUUCUCACAAAUCCACCCAGUAACCCCAAGGUGUACAUCUAUCCCUAGAGCCUUGGCCCUGUCCUGCCUUCCCCCUCUUGGCCUGGUCACCCUGCUGAAGGGCCUGGUUGUGGCUAGAGCUCCCUCGGGGAGCCUUCUUCUGCUCCCCACAGCCUCUGGCUGUUAAGAGUAGAUGUUUUAUUUCCUGACUUGUGCAAUCAUUCCUUGUUACUUGUGGCUAGACUCUCAGCAUCAUUUUAGUUGUGUAAUUUUAUAUUCUCCCUUGGAGGCAUAUUUUCUUUUUUUAAUUGUCAUUGCCCGGCAGAUGCAUGUUAGUCUUGUGUACCAAUACACGUUUCUAGUGAGAACCAUGAACCUCACUAGGGCCUGCAAAGGUAAUGUCUGCAUCUGGUGAGAAUGUGUCAUGAGCUUUGUUUUUGCCAAACCCCACCUCCUUUUUAGAAAAAAGGCCAGACAGUCAUUUCUUCCAUCUCCCAUGCAAAACCUUGUGGUCCCAUGCAAAGCCUGUUCCUGACCAGUGACAGGGCUCCUUGUACUUUGGAAUGUGCCUUAAACCUGAAUAUCUGCAGCCAAAAACUUUCCAAAUUAAAGUUGGCCAGCUCUGGAAUGUUCUGCAAAUGUG